GGUAUUUUAAAAAAAUUGCAUUUAGUCUCUAAAUUCUUUUAUUUCUCAUUUGUACAAGCAAAUUAAUAAUAAUAAGUGUUCUAAACGAUAGUUGCCAUCGAUAUGUCGCAGCUGAAAUCGAUUGCAUGCACAUAAAAAAACCACGAAACAAACAAUAGAAAUAGCACUUUUUAGGCAAUUAUGUUGCAACAAAUUAAGAUGCUGCUGCUCAGCAUCGUUACGCUUUGCCGGCGUGCCUUAUGCUGCUUCUCGCGGCGCCGCAAGAUGAGCCACAGCGGCGGUGGCAUCACAGCCAACGGGGACCAGCUUCUCGCCGUCAACGUGAUUGCGGAGCGGGGGGACUUUGCGACAGGUGGUGCUGGCAGUCGGUCAGCGGGCAGGGAGCGGGACUGGAACUCGUGGGAUGACAGCCCCCGAACCGUGGAGGAGCACAUAGAGCAAUACCGUCAGCGCAUGGCCCAGCCCCCAACGCCGCCGAAAGAAGAACCCGAACCGGAUUUCUUUAGUGAGCUGACGCCCACCAUCAAGCCACAGGUGAAAUACUUUCUGGACGAUCCCACGGCCGCGGCUGCGUCCAGCCAGGCAACUGACUUUUCAAGACUGCAGGCCCAGGAUGUGAUACCCAUCAGCGAUACCGCCGAUCUCGAGGACUGGGUGGAUGACAAUCCUGGCGGCUGGGAGGAGUUGGACACAUCAGGGACCAAGCAAAUCAUACGCGAGAAGCGGCGAGAGGCGCGCCAGCAGCGUCAGCCAUUGACCAAAGCCAUCCAGCCGACCAUUGGAGCACAGCGUCUGAGCGACAUUCAUCGCGUUGCGUAGCUGUCAGCUAUCCUCCCCCGCCACCACACUUCAUUCACCACCAUUCCAUUCCCCAUUUUUCCCACAUUGGCAAUUUCUUUAUCGAUUUCCCCCGGCCCUGGCCUGUCGUCCGCUGUUGCUGGUACCAAGAGUGGCGGUGGCGUUGAUUUAGUUGAUUGGGCACACAAAAUAAAUCUUGCCUCUCAUUUGCA